AUGGGGCAGCAACUCCAUGAGGACGUCUACCUGGGUCUGUGGGUGACUGUGGCCAUACAGACAACUGCAGAGGCCUUCAGCCCCUCCCAAGGAGACCCAGCUCAGAGCACAGGGUGCGACAGACACAUGGCUGUCCACCACCGUCUAGACGUCAUGGAAGAGACGGUGGAGAAGACAGUGGAGCAUCUGGAGGCAGAAGUGAAAGGCCUGCUGGGUCUGCUGGAGGAGCUGGCGUGGAACCUGCCCCCAGGGCCCUUCAGCCCCGCCCCUGACCUCCUGGGAGAUGAUCACUUCUGAGUCUCGUGGAGGAGCCCAGCAGCUGGAGGCGACACACCAGCUGGAUGGCACUGCCUGAGAGCGGAGCCAUGUCUUCUUGCCUUCCUUCCCCAGCUCUGUGGGAAAUAAACACUACUCCUUUGGUCUCCUGUGUCUGCUGACAGAGACCCCUCUAACCACAGCCCCUCGUCCCUCUACUCCCACGCCCUGAGGCCUGUGUCCCCCUCUGGGCUCAGACCUCCCUGGUAGCCUGUGCUCCCAUCCUCAUUAUUUAUAGGGGCAGACAGGGUGGGGGCUGGUUCACAGAGGUGAGGCACCGAGGCGACCCAGAACUGUGAAUAACACAGCAAGGGCCCUUCGAGUGGCCUUACUGCUCUAGAAGUGGCCACGGGUGAGAAUCAGUGUCAUCACCCAGGAGCUUGUCAAAAAUGCAGGGUCAUGGCCCCCUCUGACUCCCAAAUCAAAAUCUGCAUUGUAAUGAGACUCCCGGGGGACUCUAUGUGCCCCUUAUAGCUUUUUAAAAAUUUCUCUCUAUUGAGGUAAAAUUUCCAUACAAUAAAAACCACCAUUUUAACUACUUAAAGCUGCACAAGUUGAGAGGUUUCCAGUACAUUCCCAAUGUUGUGCAAUCACCAGCACUGUGUAAUUCCAGAACAUUCUUAUCAACCCCCAAAGAACCCCUGUCCCUAUUAAACAGUCACCUCCCAUCCCCCCUCCCACCAGCCCCUGGGAAACCACUAAGCUCUGUCUCUAGGAACCUGCCGAUUCUGGACAUUUUAAAUACAAUAGUCCCUCAACCCUUGGCUUUCUGAGGUUUCAGUUACCUGCAGUCAACCAUGGUCCAAAACUGUUAAAUGGAAAAUUCAAAAAGUAAACAAUUCACAAGUU